UCCACGAGACAACAUCCAAUUCAAUCCAGUUUUCUGUGGCGCCUUUCUUUUGUCUGCGAUUCUUUAGUUCGUUGUUGUCUGGCGGGUGAAGACGUUGCAGAGAUACGGAACGGCCAGAGGCACCGCAGCUUUUUUUUCCCCGAGAGACAAAACGCAUUUUUUCGGUCAUGUAUAAUAGCGUGUCGACCUACACGCCGGACAUGUAUACACGGUCGAUGUGGUCGUCUCUAGUACCUGCAGCGUUUCCAGAUGUCGAGAAUUUCUGCUACCCGCAUUCGAGUUAUCGCCCCGACUUGGACCUAUCGUCGUCGUCCGAAGAGGAGGAACCGGAUGAGAACGACAUCGCCGUGCGGGUGAAACGGGCCCGGCAGGCCUACAUGCAAGAGGUGCUGGACAACUGGUCGAAGCGUCCAAGCUGCCAGCCCGAAGCAAGAGCAGCUCGAAACGCCAAACUGCGUGAGGCCGGCCGGGCCUGCAAGGCAGCCGAGUGCCCGAGAGACAGGUGUUACGGGCUUGCCGUGAGGAUAGUGAUGGACUUCCACAUAUGCAGAGCAAUGGGCGACAAGAAUGCCAGCAAUUCGGAGUGCAUCGACGACAACUACGAUGAGCUGCUCAGUAUAGAGCAGGGUAAGCAGCUGUACUCGGACCGUCCAUCUUACGCAAAGCCCGAAUACUUGGCCGUCAAACGCCAGGUCGAGCUGGUGCGGCUGGAUCUGUGGGAAACCGAACAGACCCUUCUGGAUCGCCAAAGGUUGUAUGAGCAUAGAAUACGAGAAGCCGAGGGCCACCUUCGAGACCACAGGAUGAUGCAGGAAGGGUGGCGUCGUAACAAGAAGUCGGAGCGAAAGGACGGUGACCCCGACACUCGGGCAAUGGACCUUGAAGCCACAAUCCUGCUCAACCGGAACAAACUGGCAGCGAUCAAGGAGACCAUAUUGCUAAGGAAUGCAGACCACUUUGCCAGGAUCCGUGGAGAAAAGCCAAUCUUCACCUUCCCGGGCAUAACUGUUGAUGGGAUCGGACUGGACGUGAUUUGCCACGAACCUUGACGUUCAUAUUCUAUGAGAGGUGCACUUCUGCAACAUUUUGUAUCCUGGGUAUCUGUGUCCACCUCUUUCGUAAACUACCUCAGUAUUUAAUACUUUUCCUUCCUCAGAUAUCUUUGAUUGAUAAUGCAUUAAAGAACCUGCCUGCUUGAAA